GCGGGGCAGAGAAAGCCAGCGCCGCGGGGCGAAAACGCCGCGCAAACCCCGGCGUCCGCGCGCAGCGGGAGGCCGCGCUGGGCCCCGGGCGCGUCCCGCCGUCCGGCGCGUGGACGCCAAGCCGCCGCAGGUACAGAACACCGAGGGCGCCGCGCGGGCCUCCCCGCUCCCCGGGAGCUGCCCGGGACCCCCGGGAGCAGCCCGCGAGAAGAGCAGAAGAACACGGGGAGAUCUGCGCGCGCCCCGCGCAGCCUGCAGGAGCGCCUCGAGAGCGGGGAGAAAGAACAAGAAACACAAAAAGAGGAACGUUUGAUGGAAGAAAAGAAAAAGAAAAAGCAGGAAGAAAAGAAAAAGAAGGAAGGUGCUCAGAAAAAGGCUGCUGAUCAAAAAACCAAAGUGCCAGAACCUACUAAGACCUGCUCAAGCCAGCCCCAACCUGCCGGUACCGGUGCCAGUACUUCCACCAGCACUCUCUCCAGCAGCAGCAAUGGCAAACGUGCGUCUGCCAGCGGCCAGCAGCCAGCUGCAUCCCGUUACCUGCCUCGGGAGGUGCCUCCACGCUUCCGCCAGCAAGAACAGAAGCAGCUGUUAAAGCGAGGUCAGCCACUGCCUGCCGGGGCUCUGGCCAGCGUGAGCCCAACCCAGAGUGCUGGGCCCAUCAGGGCCAGUCCCCCUCCCCUCCCUGGAGCUGGAACGCAGCCGCAGCCCAGUACGCUCCCACCAGAUCUCAGUCACAGUGGACUGGCAGAUCACUAUGAAAAUUCCCCCUGGGGCCAGCAGCCCACUUACCGAAGCGAAGCCAGCUGUGGCUGGGGUGAAGUGACAAGGGACAGGACGGAGAAGGAGGCGUGGCCUUCCGCCCCGGGGCCCGAGCCGGAAGCCGCCUCGGAAUGCGCCGCAGACACUGACUCUGUCUCCAGCUGUGGCUCCGAGAGCAGGAGCAUGGCGACAGGGAGUGCCCAGGGCACCUUCACUGGACACACCAAGAAGACAAAUGGCAAUAAUGGCACCAACGGCGCACUCGUCCAAAGCCCUUCUAAUCAGAGUGCCCUUGGGGCGGGGGGAGCGGGCGGGAGCGGGAGCGCAGCCCGAGUUUGGGGUGUAGUCGCGGGCUCCAGCGCAGGCCUCGCCCACUGCCCUCUGGGCGGGGGGGAUGGCAAGAUGGACAACGUGAUGGGGGAAGGGAGAAGCCAGAGCUGCUGGGGGGCUUCCAACGCCAACGCUGGCAUCAGUCUCAACCUUAACCCAAAUGCCAACCCAGCUGCCUGGCCCGUGCUCGGACAUGAAGGAACUGUGGCAACGGGCAACCCUUCCAGUAUUUGCAGUCCAGUCAGUGCCAUAGGUCAGAGCAUGGGCAACCAGAACGGGAACCCGGCGGGCACGGCCGGUGCCUGGGGGAACCUGCUGCCACAGGAGAGUGCGGAGCCACAGGCGCCGUCCACUUCUCAGAAUGUGUCCUUCAGCGUCCAACCUCAGAACCUUAACACUGACGGACCAAACAACACUAACCCCGUGAACUCGUCACCAAACCCUCUCAGUGCAAUGCAGACCAACGGACUGCCAGACUGGGGCAUGGCCGUGGGCAUGGGGGCCAUCAUCCCGCCCCACCUGCAAGGCCUUCCUGGUGCUAACGGAUCAUCAGUUGCUCAAGUGGGCGGGGGCAGUGGUGAAGGAGUGGGCAGUUCUGUGUGGGGACUGUCCCCAGGGAACCCUGCCACCGGGAAUAGCAGCUCUGGGUUCAAUCAGGGGAAUGGAGACACUGUGAACUCAGCAUUAAGUGCUAAACAAAACGGCUCCAGCAGUGCUGUGCAGAAGGAAGGGAGUGGGGGCGGCGCCUGGGACUCGGGGCCUCCUGCUGCUCCCGGAGUACUCCCGUGGGGCAGGGGCAGUGGGGGCAGUGGCGUCGGAAACGUCCAUUCAGGAGCCUGGGGCCACCCCAGCCGGAGCACCGCCAACGGUGUGAAUGGGGAGUGGGGGAAGCCCCCGAACCAGCAUUCCACUAGUGACAUCAGUGGGAAGGGAGCGACAGGGUGGGACGGGCCUGGCGGGAGCGGCCAGAGCCCCGUCGUGCCGCUGGGCGGCGAGCAUGCCAGCUCCUGGGCCAAAGCCGCGUCUUCCGGCGCCACGGCCAGCGAAGGCAGCAGCGAAGGUUCCGGGGGGCACGGCGAGGGGGGCGCCGGGCGGGAGGCCGCGGAAGGCCGCAGGCGGGAGAAAGGGGUCCUAGACCCAGGGCACAUCCAGCUGCCGAGGAGUGACCUUGACCCGCGCGUCCUGUCCAACACGGGGUGGGGCCAGAUCCCAGUGCAGCAGAACACUGCCUGGGAGUUCGAGGAGUCCCCGAGGGCCGAGAGGAAGAACGACAACGGCACUGAGGCCUGGGCGUGUGCCCCUCAGCCUUCCAGCGCAGGCGGGAAGAACAGUGGGUCCCUGGGGGACAGUACAAAUACCUCUUCAGUAUCUGGGUGGGCCAGCUCCCCGCCGGCUGCCGGGCCAGCCCCCGCGGGCUGGGGAGAUGGCAGCAACAAGGCCCCGAGCGGCCCCGGGGCGUGGGGGGACUCGCUGGGCUCUACUGCUGUCAGUGCUGCUGCUGCCAAGGGGGGCCACGCCUGGCCGGGGGCCGUGAGCCAGGAGGACAAGCCGCCCGCCUGGGGGGAGCCUCCGAAACCCAAAUCUCAGAACUGGGGGGACGGACCGAAGUCGAACCCGGCCUGGAGCGCAGCCGGGGGGGACUGGGCAGAGUCGGCCUCUGUCCUCGGACACUUGGGGGGGGAGGAGAAGAAAGCCAGCUCCGGGUGGGAGGCUGACGGCGGCCGCUCCGGGGCCGGAUGGACGGAGACUGCAGGGGCCGGGCCCGGCGGCUGGGGCAGCGGCACCAACGCCAAGGUGAAUCCAGGUCCAAACUGGGGGGAGUCUCUGAAGGCCGCCCCCCAGCAGGGCUGGGCCAGCAAGGCCCCGGACAGCAGUGUGAGCAACUGGGGAGGGGCUGCGUCUGUGAAACAGACAGGAACGGGCUGGGUCAAACCGAAGGACACCAGGGAGGCCACGGGCUGGGAGGAGCCUUCGCCACCGUCCAUCCGACGCAAAAUGGAAAUUGAUGAUGGUACCUCAGCUUGGGGUGACCCGAGCCACUACAACAAUAAAAGUGUGAACAUGUGGGACAGGAACAACCCCGGCCUCCAGAGCAGUACCACGGCCAACACCACCACCACCAGUAACAGCACGAACGCGGGCGAGGCACCGCCAGCACACCCCGCGGGCACCCAGCUGGCUCGGUCACCACUGCUCGGCCCAGUUUCCUCGGGCUGGGGAGAAAUGCCGAACGUGCACUCGAAGGCCGAAAACUCCUGGGGGGACCCGUCCUCACCUGCGGCCCUGGUGGAUAACGGCACUGCAGCAUGGGGCAAGCCCCCCGGCAGCGGCGGCGGGUGGGGGGACCAGCCCCCCGAGCCAGUGGUGACCUUCGGACGAGCCGGUGGUCCAGCUGCUGCCCCAGCCCUGUGCAAACCAGCUUCCAAAUCUAUGCAAGAGGGCUGGGGCAGUGGUGGGGACGACAUGGCCCUCGGGACCGGCCAGUGGGAGGAUGAAGACAGCGGCAUGUGGAACAGCGCGGCCUCCCAGGAAAGCACCUCCUCCUGCAGCUCCUGGGGGAACGCCCCCAAGAAAGGACUCCAAAAGGGCAUGAAAGCGCCCGGCAAGCAGGACGAGGCCUGGAUCCUGAGCCGGCUCAGCAAACAGCUCACGGACAUGGGCUUCCCGAGAGAGCCAGCUGAAGAGGCCUUGAAGAGCAAUGGCAUGAAUCUGGAUCAGGCCAUGAGUGCUCUGCUGGAAAAGAAGGUGGACAUGGACAAGCGUGGCCUGGGAGUGACUGACUACAAUGGGACGGUCACCAAACCCCUCGGCUGCCGCCCCCCAAUCUCCAAAGAGUCUCCCGCGGACCGCCCCACCUUCCUUGACAAGGACGGCGGCCUAGUGGAAGAGCCCGCGACUUCACCGUUUUUGCCUUCGCCAAGCCUGAAGCUCCCCCUUUCAAACAGUGCACUCCCUAAUCAGGCCCUGGGUGGGGUUGCCUCAGGGCUGGGCAUGCAAAACUUGAAUUCUUCUCGACAGAUCCCGAGUGGCAAUCUGGGCGUGUUUGGCAGCGGAGCGCCAGCAGCCAGGACCAUGCAGCAGCCUCCGCAGACCCCCGCACCGCCUCUGAACUCCUCCCAGCCCAGCCUCCGCGCUCAAGUGCCUCCGUUUCUAACCCCUCAGGUUCAAGCACAGCUUUUGCAGUUUGCAGCAAAAAACAUUGGUCUGAACCCUGCACUAUUAACCUCGCCAAUUAACCCUCAGCAUAUGACGAUGUUGAACCAGCUCUAUCAGCUGCAGCUGGCGUACCAACGUUUACAAAUCCAGCAGCAGAUGCUACAGGCCCAGCGGAAUGUUUCCGGACCCAUGAGACAGCAGGAGCAGCAAGUCGCGCGCACAAUCACUAACCUGCAGCAGCAGAUCCAGCAGCACCAGCGCCAGCUGGCCCAGGCCCUGCUCGUGAAGCCACCGCCCCCGCCGCACCUGUCUCUGCACCCCUCUGCAGGCAAGCCGGCCGCCGACAGCUUCCCCCCGCACCCCCCGGCCCCCGGCCUCCCGGACCUGCAGACCAAAGAGCAGCCGUCCCCGCCCAGCACCUUCGCUCCUUACCCGCUCGCUGGACUCAACCCAAACGUGAAUGUCAGCAGCAUGGACAUGAGUGGGGGGCUGUCGGUGAAGGACCCGCCUCAGUCCCAGUCACGCCUCCCUCAGUGGACACACCCCAGCCCAAUGGAUAACCUGACCGGUGCUGCUCCCCUCGACCAGAACCCCAGCAAGCAUGGUGCUAUCCCCGGAGGCCUGAGCAUCGGGCCUCCAUCUAAGUCCUCCAUGGAAGACUCCUAUAGCCGGUACGACCUAAUCCAGAGCAGUGAGUCACCAGCCAGCCCUCCAGGGGCUGUCCCCCACAGCUGGUCCCGUGCCAAAUCCGACAGCGACAAGAUCUCCAACGGCUCCAGUGUCAGCUGGCCCCCAGAGUUCCAUCCUGGAGUUCCAUGGAAAGGACUUCAGAACAUAGACCCCGAGAACGACCCUGAUGUCACUCCUGGGAGCGUCCCCACCGGGCCCACCAUCAAUACCACCAUCCAAGAUGUCAACCGCUACCUCCUCAAGAGUGGAGGCUCGUCCCCGCCGUCGUGUCCGAGCGCCGCGCUGCCUUCCUCCAGUGCCUGGCCGCUCAGCGCCCCCGCCUACGGUCGCCCCUUCAGCAGCCUGGCGCCAGCACCCAGCACUGCAGGGAAACUGUCAGACAUUAAGUCCACGUGGUCCUCCGGCCCCGCCUCCCACACGCCAGCCUCGCUGUCGCACGAGCUGUGGAAGGUGCCCAGGAACUCGGCGCCCACGCGGCCUCCCCCCGGGCUGACCACCCCCAAGCCUUCCUCCACCUGGGGAGCCAGCCCCCUCGGCUGGACCAGCUCCUACUCCUCGGGUUCCGCCUGGAGCACCGACACCUCAGGCAGAGCAAGCAGCUGGCUGGUUCUCCGCAACCUCACGCCCCAGAUUGACGGCUCCACGCUGCGGACGCUGUGUCUGCAGCACGGGCCUCUCAUCACAUUCCACCUGAACCUGACGCAGGGCAACGCCGUGGUCCGCUACAGCUCCAAGGAGGAGGCCGCCAAGGCCCAGAAGUCCCUACACAUGUGUGUCCUGGGGAACACCACCAUCCUGGCGGAGUUUGCUGGUGAGGAAGAAGUGAACCGUUUCUUAGCCCAGGGCCAGGCCCUGCCUCCCACCUCCAGCUGGCAGUCCAGCACCGGCGCCGGCCAGACGCGGCUGGGCACCUCGGGCAGCUCCCACGGCCUGGUCCGGAGUGACGCUGGCCACUGGAACGCCCCGUGCCUGGCCGGCAAGGGCAGCAGCGACCUGCUGUGGGGCGGGGUCCCCCAGUACUCGAGCAGCCUGUGGGGGCCCCCCAGCACGGACGACGGCAGAGUGAUCGGAAGCCCCACCCCCCUGAACACGCUGCUCCCCGGGGACCUGCUCAGCGGCGAGUCCAUGUAGGGCCAGCCCGAAGGCGAGCUCCCGGCGCGUGGCCUGCGCGGAGACAGGACCUCUCACAGCUUUUGAUUUUGUGUUGUCUUACGUUUGUCUGGUGUGUGUCAUUUUUGAUUUUUUUUUUUAAGUAUAAAAGCUGCUUAGAAUAGUUCUAUCAUGAAGGGCACUUUUCAGAUCCUGGGCUGGAAAGGGGGUUCUGUGGGGGCGGGGCGGGAGGGGGCCGGUGACGAUUAUGCACAUUUCCAGGGGCACCGCGGCCGGGUGCCCCUCGCUGAGGGCGCGCCCAGCCCUCGUCCCCACAGAGCCGCCCGUGCACAUGUCCCUUGUUUCAUUACUUCUUCAUGUCAUUUUUUAUCCCAAAAAAACUAUUU